AUGGAUGCCCCACCCACCGUACAGCCAGGGGAUGUCUCGUCGAGCUAUAAGGACCUCCCUUUGUUCACACCACAUUCUGCUAAGGCUUCCUGGCUUGCCUAUGGAGACUGUGCCCUGUUCAUGGUCAUAGUUAUCGUAACAGCAAGGCAGUUGAUUCAACAGAAACGUGAGGAGAGGCGUGGUGGAGAUGCUGUAAUAAUAGGACUACUAAGCGGGAUGGCGUUAUAUACUCCACCCCAGGCCCCGGCAGUGUCGCUCACUGGUAGCCGUACUCGUAAACUCUUCCUCAUUGGCUUAUGCCUGUCCAACCUAGCAAGAGCAGUGAGUAUGAUCAUUGAUGCUGUCGUCCACACUGAGGUUAGGGAGCACGUAUGGGAGCAUUCUGUCCAG